AUGCCCAAAUCGCACUCCUCCUCCACCGCAACCCCGCCCAAAAGCAGAUCCCCUCCAGCGACAACAACAGCCGGCUCCUCCUCCUCCUCCUCCACAGCAACAAAGCGUCUCCUCCACGAAAUCACCGAAUACACCCACCAUCCCAACCCCGCCCUCCUCCACCUUGGCCCCACCUCCGACACCAACCUGCUCCAGUGGGAAGCCGUCCUGAAAGGACCCCCCUCCUCUCUUUAUGCCGGCGGCCUCUGGCUCCUCUCCAUCUCCAUUCCACCGUCUUAUCCUCUACUCCCUCCCAAACUCACCUUUCUCACCCCCAUCUGCCACCCCAACAUCAACUUCUCGACUGGCGAGAUCUGCCUCACACUGCUGACCACGGAACACUGGAGUCCACUAUACACCUUGUCUUCGACGUUGAGUGCUGUACAGCAACUGCUGUUGGAUCCGGUGGCGGAGAGCCCGCUCAAUGUGGAUAUCGCGAAUUUGUAUAGGGAAGAGUGGGGGCGGAGGGGCUGGUGA